UCAUUAGUGGCCUAUAUAAGCCUCAUACAGGCCAUGGGAAGACAUUACCUGUUGAUAACACAGACUAUUUUCAUGAUCAUGGGAGGUGUGAGAGAAUUGCUGCUCGUUGUGAUGACUGUGGGGGUUGUCAAAGUUUCUUGUUACCCUGUUGGAAAGUCCCAGAAGCAAGAUCAAGUCUCUCUGCAGAGGAGACUUGGAGAGCUGUCAUCAAAUGACGUCUCCAUUGUGCAUGCCCUGGCCUUGCUCCGAUCCAUAGGGUCUGACGCGAAACAAACCAGAGAAGAGUAUUUAGAGACCAAUGAAGUAGAAUCCCAAGCUUCUCCAAACCAUGGUAGCUCUCCGGCAAAUGAUGCCCUGUCCUCUGACGACGCCACCUCUGAAGCUGCCACCGGCCCGUCCUCUGACGACGCCACCUCUGAAGCUGCCACCGGCCCGUCCUCUGACGACGCCACCUCUGAAGCUGCCACCGGCCCGUCCUCUGACGACGCCACCUCUGAAGCUGCCACCGGCCCGUCCUCUGACGACGCCACCUCUGAAGCUGCCACCGGCCCGUCCUCUGACGACGCCACCUCUGAAGCUGCCACCGGCCCGUCCUCUGACGACGCCACCUCUGAAGCUGCCACCGGCCCGUCCUCUGACGACGCCACCUCUGAAGCUGCCACCGGCCCGUCCUCUGACGACGCCACCUCUAAAGCUGCCACCGGCCCGUCCGGCGACGACGCCACCUCUGAAGCUGCCACCGGCCCGUCCGGCGACGACGCCACCUCUGAAGCUGCCACCGGCCCGUCCUCUGACGACGCCACCUCUGAAGCUGCCACCGGCCCGUCCUCUGACGACGCCACCUCUGAAGCUGCCACCGGCCCGUCCUCUGACGACGCCACCUCUGAAGCUGCCACCGGCCCGUCCUCUGACGACGCCACCUCUGAAGCUGCCACCGGCCCGUCCUCUGACGACGCCACCUCUGAAGCUGCCACCGGCCCGUCCUCUGACGACGCCACCUCUGAAGCUGCCACCGGCCCGUCCUCUGACGACGCCACCUCUGAAGCUGCCACCGGCCCGUCCGGCGACGACGCCACCUCUGAAGCUGCCACCGGCCCGUCCGGCGACGACGCCACCUCUGAAGCUGCCACCGGCCCGUCCGGCGACGACGCCACCUCUGAAGCUGCCACCGGCCCGUCCGGCGACGACGCCACCUCUGAAGCUGCCACCGCUGCCACCGGCCCGUCCGGCGACGACGCCACCUCUGAAGCUGCCACCGGCCCGUCCGGCGACGACGCCACCUCUGAAGCUGCCACCGGCCCGUCCGGCGACGACGCCACCUCUGAAGCUGCCACCGGCCCGUCCGGCGACGACGCCACCUCUGAAGCUGCCACCGGCCCGUCCGGCGACGACGCCACCUCUGAAGCUGCCACCGGCCCGUCCGGCGACGACGCCACCUCUGAAGCUGCCACCGGCCCGUCCGGCGACGACGCCACCUCUGUCGCUGCCACCGGCCCGUCCGGCGACGACGCCACCUCUGUCGCUGCCACCGGCCCGUCCGGCGACGACGCCACCUCUGUCGCUGCCACCGGCCCGUCCGGCGACGACGCCACCUCUGUCGCUGCCACCGGCCCGUCCUCUGACGACGCCACCUCUGAAGCUGCCACCGGCCCGUCCGGCGACGACGCCACCUCUGAAGCUGCCACCGGCCCGUCCGGCGACGACGCCAUGGAUAUCUGACGUGGGACAUGCAAUAGUUAACGGGUACUCUAGUCCAGUGUGUAACUGCAUUUGCUUGUUUUGGCUCAAAUAAACAUUAACUGUAAUA